GCAUGCACCACCUCAUCACUCAUCGGUUGCCUUUACACGCCAAAUGACUGGUCCUUGUUACAGAAAUAAAUUUUAUAUCUUCAGAUAGCAGAAUCAGAACAGAACAGGAAGAGACAGACAUGGAAGACAGGAAAGGGAAGAAGAAGAUUAUGGUGGCCGUCGACGAGAGCCAUUGCAGCUAUAACGCCCUUCAGUGGACACUUGACCACCUCGCCGACACCAUCUCUGAUUCCAAGCUCAUCAUCUUUAACGCUUCCAACCCUAUUGCUUACGGUUACAUUUCUGCCGCCACUUACAACACAUCUCCUCCUGAUUUAAUUGCCAUAAUGAAAGAAAAUCAAGACAAGCUCACCUCAGCCUUACUAGAAAAGGCUAAGGAAGUCUGUGCCAAGCGUGGGAUUGUUGCAGAGACAAUUGCAGAAGUUGGGGACCCAAAGGAGAAAAUUUGUGAGGCAGCGGAAAAGCUGAGCGUUCAAUUGCUUAUAUUGGGUAGCCAUGGUCGAGGAGUGAUAAAAAGGGCUUUUCUUGGAAGUGUAAGCAAUUACUGUGUUCAUAAUGCCAAGUGCCCUGUUCUUGUGGUGAAGAAACCAGCUUGAUGGUAAGCUGCCUGCUGCCGUAUCCUGUAUAUGUGAAGUUUGAAGCCCUUCUGGUUCCAAGUAUAAGGCAGUGAGGUAGAGAUUGGUUCCUUACAAACUUAGUCUUUCAUCAAUGAAUUUGUUAAUGGUGUGUGUAAUCUGGUUAACAUUUUGCUGUUGUAAUUUGUAAAUAACUGGAAUUUGGUGAUUCUAAAUAAAAGAAUUGCAAUCAAAUUUAUUUGGCUUU